UUAUUUGAUAAUGUUUAGGAGUAAUUAAAUAAUGCUCAAAUAAAAAUUAUUUUACAUGUCAAACAAUUAAAUUGUAAUUUGUCAAUGAAAAUGCACCGUCAGUGGAUUUAUUUUUGCUUGGUAGUUGUAAAGCCUGAGUAAUAGCGAAGAUAAAGAAGAAAAGGAUACAUAUUUUACUGACGAAUAAUGGACAAAUUGAAGAACUCCUCAAAAUGUGUCUUAAUAAUUAUUGCCAUUUCUGUAUUCUUAAUACUAUUCCGUCAUACGAUGAUAAAGGUUAGCGACGAACAUGUAAAAUCCAAUUAUACUGAGCUGACGCCUAACAAACGUGAUUCAUAUUUUUCAACAUAUUUAGAUGAAAUUAAAAAGACAAAGUUAAUAUGUGGCCAACUGUGUAAUACAUCACGAAACGGAACUCCAGGAGUUUUCUUCGAUAGAAUUACAGCCACUAUACAUUGUGAAGCAUUAUUUCAAAGCAAAUAUGUUGAUUCAUCUCAUGGACUUGAGUAUGCCCCAAGAAAAAUACCUUCAAUUCUAUGGAAUGAUUAUACCAUGAAUGGACAAAUAAAAGUACACACGGCCUAUUUUAACCAACCCUAUCUUGGUAAUACUGCGAGGACACCUAUUUGGACCAAAUCCUUACUCGAGAAGUAUAUAGCGCGAGCAAAGGAAGGUAAACUGUUUGGUGUUUACGGAAUAUCUGAAACUAACGCAUUAAGAGACGGUCUACUACAUGCACCAGGAGUGAAAGGAGGGCGUGUUCUAGUCAUCGGAUCCGAAAAACCAUGGGUUGAAGCAUGCUUGCUUGAAAUAGGUGCAAAGAGUAUUGUUACACUUGAAUAUGGAAGGAUUGAAUCUGAACAUGACCAAAUAGCUACGAUGAUUCCAUCUGAAUAUAGACGAAAAUUUUUAGAUAAUUCAUUAGGAUUAUUUGACGCAGUUGUAUCAUUCAUGUCCAUAGAACAUUCUGGACUAGGAAGGUAUGGGGAUGCUUUGAAUCCUUGGGGCGAUUUAAUAGUAGUAGCUAGGGCUUGGUGUGUAACAAGAACAAAUGGAUCUCUUGUACUUGGUGUUCUAUACGACAUAAAUAAUGAUUACAUAACAUUUAAUGCACACAGGUGUUAUGGUAAAAAAAGAUAUCCUUAUCUGACAACAAAUUGGAUUCAACAUUAUUUGGGGAAAGGACUACAGCGGGUUCAUGUAUUCACAAAAUAAAAUCAGUUAUCAUACAUCUAA